AUUUUUGAGGGUGACGUUUUCAGAUUAAGCAUCAAAUGAAUUGUCAUUGCGUGUAAUAGUGCAAAUACCGACAAAAAAUGGACCAAUCCAGACCGGACAACCCCCCCACCCAGCAGCAGAACGUGCACCUGCACAUGCACCACGUGUGCAACUGCCAGACGGGCAUCUACCCCCCGGCCGCGGCCGCCGCCGCCGCCUACUACCCGGCGGCGGCGGUCGGGUACCGCUCCCCCGUCCCCCAGCUCAUGCCGUUCGCCGCGCCGGCCCGCCCCUACCUCCAGCACUACCAGUACACGCAGUUCAACGUCGGCGGGCAGUACGCGCUGCCGCUGACGCACGUGUCGCCGCAGGGCGCGGCCGUUUACGGGGGCGUCGCCGCCGCCCCCGCCCCCAGCGCCGAGAUGCUCUUCAACCCCGCCCGGGCGGAGCGGAGGGAGCGCGAGGCGGUCGAAGACGCGGGGGAGGACAGGGUCAACGAGCCGCCGCUCGGGUACGACUACGGGCAGGUCACGCCGCCCGCCAACGAGCUCCUGAUGUCGGAUAACUCUGAUAGUGCCUCGACGGAAAAUUUCGUGAAAUUUUUGGAAAGAAGUUGUCUGACUGCUGAGCAGAUUGCGUACAGAAAUAGAAACAGACCGUGUUUUAGGAACAUUCAAAACUUGUGCAUAAGAACCAGAUCGGAGAUUUUGAAACCUUGUACCACGCUGUCCAACAUUCAUUCACAAGGCAUUCCAUGGGCCACGAAAGACUUCAUCUACGCGUUCGUGCGCCUCACGAACUGCUGGCACAUCCUGAAAGGCUACUGGGAGAACCGCGACGGAUCCAGCCUCGGCAAGAUCGAGAAGGAACUCACGCCCGAGUUCCGCGCUUGCUACGUGCGCUGGGAGAAAGAGACCAUCGACCUGGCCGCCCAGCUCACCCGCGUCUUCUACAACCUCGACACGAACCUGAACUGCCCGGCGACGAACGUUGCUUCCCCGCACACCGCCAACAACCUGAUACCGCCCCAGGUCAACAUCCUGAAGAGCUCCGCCUCGGAGAACGCGAUCAAGAAGCCGCUGGAGAGCGAGGUGCUGGCCACGUCUGUGAGUCUGAGCAACACCUCGAAGAACGUCAGGGGGAUUCUGCAUCUGCCCAGUGCCGCCCCCGCGGAGACGGUCGACCAGGGCAACCAGACCUGCGCCGAUUUUUUUCUAGGCGAUUUCGGCAAGGAGGGGUUUGGCUCGGAGGAGGAGGACCGAAGGAUCUACAUGAAGCCGGGCAGUUACUGCGUGCCGAAGAAGAGUUCCAACGAGACGGUGCAGAACAGUCCGAGGGCCAUUGAGUUUUUGGAAACGGCUCAGAACGUCAACAAGGCCAGGGACAACGUGAACGAGAAGUAUUGGAUGAACAUGAAUAUCGCCAACAAAAACUCGGUCCCCAGUCUGGACCCGGUCGGCAACCAGCAGGACCCCAACGACGUCCUGGACAAAUCCGACAACAUCGUCGACAUCGACCUGAACCUUUCCUCUCACUUAAACGUGCACGAGUGGCUAAUCAGCAACAAUUUCUCGCAAUUUUCCUCGGAAAGCUCCCCGCAAACGCCGCCGCAGGACCUGCGCCCCUAUUUCCUCGACCCCGGCGUCCAAUACGAUGCCGCCGCCGAAGCCCAAAAGUCCCCCAUCACGCUGCUGCAACGCGGCGGCGGCGGCGCUGCCAAGUCGUCCUCCCCGACGGAGGUCGGCGUCGGCAACAGGGCGGCGGCCGGUCACAGGAAGAGGGCGGGCGCCCCGGGCGGACGGAAGGCGCCCGCCUGCUACGAGACCAAGAGCGGCGUGUCGGAGCUGGGCGCCGCCAUUCUCGAGAAGAUCGUGAUGGACUUGAUCGAGCUCGCGUUUGGAGAUGGGCUGCUGAUGGAGAUUAAGAACGAAUACUCUCCAGUGGUGGACAUGGACGUGAUUUUGAAGAAGAUCAGGACGCACGACUACGUCUACGUGAGCGAGGCGAUCCGAGACCUUCGCUAUUAUCUGUAUUACUCGGCGUACUUUUCAGAGCACAUGGAAACGAAGGCGGAAAUGCUGAAACACAAGCUGGAAAUAAUGUUGAACGAGCAUUUUCCCGAGUGCGACUUUCAGGAGGUCAAAGGGGACGUACACGAAAAAAUUGGGCCGUUGAAACUAAAAAAAAUGUUUGACCAAAACGAUCCCCCCGAAUUUAUUUAGUUUACACCUUAGAGUACAUAAUACAUUACACCUUAGAGCAUACAACACAACAUUAUUUAAAACUUUUUUAAACUGAUUUAUACAAUUUUAUGAAAUUUAUUAUUAUCUAUUAUAAAGUAAGUGAUUAAAUAUCCAAAAUGCAAAGUUAUUAAUGACUUAUGGUAUGUUAUUUAAAUUAUGGUAUUUUUAAGAGAAAUGUUUAAUGUUUAAGAUGUGGUGGCCGUUUUGUAAUUAAGAAAAAAAAUACAAAAACACUGUAUAUAUUUUGUUAAAAAAUACUACAAAAAUACGUUUAAUCAAAGUUAAUUUUAGUAUUACUUAAUAGGGCUUAAUUUAUUCAGUAAUUGUUAGUUUAAAGUUACCAUUUGUAUUUUUGAUAAUAAAUAAAGUGUUUGAAUUUAAACGUUUGUUUUUUUUUAUAACAAUUCAAAAUUAAUUGAAGAACUGGAAAGAAAAUUUGCCUUAUUUGGUCACCAGGUAUUAGGGCCGAGUACAUUUUAAAUUCCUUUUAUUAGAUACAUUAAAAUUACUUUUAUCCGAAAUCGGCAGUUAAGUAGAACUUUACUGCCGAUUUA